UAAGCUUUCGUUCAUUCAUUCGUCACUAAAGUCAAGUGUCAAAAAUGUUGAUGGACAUGUUAUUUUACUGUCAAGCAGUGUGAAACAUAAAUAAAGCGUAUGAGUUUUUAUAGAAAUCAUGACUUAAUACUUAGGCCUAAACAGUUAAUAUGAUAUAAUUUAUUUAAAAAUAUAUCAACUACUUACGUAUUCGUUUUAAUGACAUUAUGGAUGGAUUAAUUCACGCGGCAUUGGAAGCAGAGGUAAUAUUAAAUCGCGCGAAACAUGUGAAUACCAACUUAUCGCCAUUUGACAGUGGUGUCCCAGACCAUAAAAUGACUUGGACUCACGAUAAAAUGCAUCUAGCGGAGCCUGUCGAUGAAUCUAGAACGAAGUUCCAGCGGACUGUUGGUGGUGCACCAUCUAAAGCUCUAGAGAAAUUCGAUUUGUUUAAGAAGUUACAUGAGUUGUACAGUGAGUUGAGUCGGGAUGAAGUAUUGCAUGGAAACUUUCAAGGGUUGAAAACAUCAUCAUACUUAUUGGAAAAGUUACUAGCAAAAUACAAUCUUAAUACUUUAAUUGUAAACCUAUAUCCAGGGAACAAGGGAUAUUCCUUAUCACUAAAAAUCAAUGGCAAUACACAACACAACCCUGGAGAUCCUAAUACAUCAACAAGCCAAGACGAGACAUUAAUAGAGACCCCUCGGUGGCCAUAUGAGGAGGAGGAUUUGCUUAGUUACAUAGACAAUGAAGAGUUACCCGUGGUGCUGUUGGACUUGCUAGAAGCGGAGCAUUCCUGCCUGUUCUACUCUGGCUGUAUUAUAGCACAAAUAAGAGACUACAGACAGGCAUAUCCAAGUUUUUUGUGUGAUACUCACCAUGUGCUUUUGAGACCGACCAAUCAGAGUAUAAUAACGGACGCGUCGUGCAUCGGCGGGCGCUGCGGCUGGGCGGGCGAGGAGCGCGGCGCGCUGGAGGCCGUGGAGGCGGCGCUCGUGCACGCGGCCGCGCCGCCGCUGUGUCUAGACCCGCGCCCCGCCGUCGGCCUGCUGGCGGCCCGGCUGCACGCCGCGCCCAGGCUGUUCCACACCCCCCGGAUACGGCGGCAGGCCAGGCGGUUCUCACAGGUUAGAUCACGAGCCGAGCACGCCACUCGACGGCCACGGAACGAGGCGGUAGAAGCGGCGCUGUGCCUCGACCCGCGCCCCGCCGUCGGCCUGCUGGCGGCCCGGCUGCACGCCGCGCACAGGCUGUUCCACACCCCCCGGAUACGGCGGCAGGCCAGGCGGUUCUCACAGGUUAGAUCACGAGCCGAGCACGCCACUCGACGGCCACGGAACGAGGCGGUAGAAGCGGCGCUGUGCCUCGACCCGCGCCCCGCCGUCGGCCUGCUGGCGGCCCGGCUGCACGCCGCGCCCAGGCUGUUCCACACCCCCCGGAUACGGCGGCAGGCCAGGCGGUUCUCACAGGUUAGAUCACGAGCCGAGCACGCCACUCGACGGCCACGGAACGAGGCGGUAGAAGCGGCGCUGUGCCUCGACCCGCGCCCCGCCGUCGGCCUGCUGGCGGCCCGGCUGCACGCCGCGCCCAGGCUGUUCCACACCCCCCGGAUACGGCGGCAGGCCAGGCGGUUCUCACAGGUUAGAUCACGAGCCGAGCACGCCACUCGACGGCCACGGAACGAGGCGGUAGAAGCGGCGCUGUGCCUCGACCCGCGCCCCGCCGUCGGCCUGCUGGCGGCCCGGCUGCACGCCGCGCCCAGGCUGUUCCACACCCCCCGGAUACGGCGGCAGGCCAGGCGGUUCUCACAGGUUAGAUCACGAGCCGAGCACGCCACUCGACGGCCACGGAACGAGGCGGUAGAAGCGGCGCUGUGCCUCGACCCGCGCCCCGCCGUCGGCCUGCUGGCGGCCCGGCUGCACGCCGCGCCCAGGCUGUUCCACACCCCCCGGAUACGGCGGCAGGCCAGGCGGUUCUCACAGGUUAGAUCACGAGCCGAGCACGCCACUCGACGGCCACGGAACGAGGCGGUAGAAGCGGCGCUGUGCCUCGACCCGCGCCCCGCCGUCGGCCUGCUGGCGGCCCGGCUGCACGCCGCGCCCAGGCUGUUCCACACCCCCCGGAUACGGCGGCAGGCCAGGCGGUUCUCACAGGUUAGAUCACGAGCCGAGCACGCCACUCGACGGCCACGGAACGAGGCGGUAGAAGCGGCGCUGUGCCUCGACCCGCGCCCCGCCGUCGGCCUGCUGGCGGCCCGGCUGCACGCCGCGCCCAGGCUGUUCCACACCCCCCGGAUACGGCGGCAGGCCAGGCGGUUCUCACAGGUUAGAUCACGAGCCGAGCACGCCACUCGACGGCCACGGAACGAGGCGGUAGAAGCGGCGCUGUGCCUCGACCCGCGCCCCGCCGUCGGCCUGCUGGCGGCCCGGCUGCACGCCGCGCCCAGGCUGUUCCACACCCCCCGGAUACGGCGGCAGGCCAGGCGGUUCUCACAGGUUAGAUCACGAGCCGAGCACGCCACUCGACGGCCACGGAACGAGGCGGUAGAAGCGGCGCUGUGCCUCGACCCGCGCCCCGCCGUCGGCCUGCUGGCGGCCCGGCUGCACGCCGCGCCCAGGCUGUUCCACACCCCCCGGAUACGGCGGCAGGCCAGGCGGUUCUCACAGGUUAGAUCACGAGCCGAGCACGCCACUCGACGGCCACGGAACGAGGCGGUAGAAGCGGCGCUGUGCCUCGACCCGCGCCCCGCCGUCGGCCUGCUGGCGGCCCGGCUGCACGCCGCGCCCAGGCUGUUCCACACCCCCCGGAUACGGCGGCAGGCCAGGCGGUUCUCACAGGUUAGAUCACGAGCCGAGCACGCCACUCGACGGCCACGGAACGAGGCGGUAGAAGCGGCGCUGUGCCUCGACCCGCGCCCCGCCGUCGGCCUGCUGGCGGCCCGGCUGCACGCCGCGCCCAGGCUGUUCCACACCCCCCGGAUACGGCGGCAGGCCAGGCGGUUCUCACAGGUUAGAUCACGAGCCGAGCACGCCACUCGACGGCCACGGAACGAGGCGGUAGAAGCGGCGCUGUGCCUCGACCCGCGCCCCGCCGUCGGCCUGCUGGCGGCCCGGCUGCACGCCGCGCCCAGGCUGUUCCACACCCCCCGGAUACGGCGGCAGGCCAGGCGGUUCUCACAGGUUAGAUCACGAGCCGAGCACGCCACUCGACGGCCACGGAACGAGGCGGUAGAAGCGGCGCUGUGCCUCGACCCGCGCCCCGCCGUCGGCCUGCUGGCGGCCCGGCUGCACGCCGCGCCCAGGCUGUUCCACACCCCCCGGAUACGGCGGCAGGCCAGGCGGUUCUCACAGGUGGCUGUAAAUAGGAAAAGAAAACUGGACCAAUUCACCCAUUACCAUGGAUUGGAGCUGCUAGAGCUGAUCCACAGACAGAGAGCGAAGAACAGCAGACUGUCCGUUCCUCACACACGGUUGACGUCCAAAUUUCCCAAGAAACCUCCAGAGGUAUUCAAGCCGAUAGAGUCCCCGCGCAUGGAGGCGGUGCCGCUGGCGCCGCCGUCGUCGCCCACGACGCCGCUGCGGCUCGCGCGCGCGUACGAGCGGCCGCGCGCCACGCCCGACUGCCAGCCGCAGCUCGUGGAGGAGUACGUGCUGGAGACCGAGAAGACCUCCUCCCACGCCGGCGCCGGCUUCUUCCACAUCAAGCUGUCCAUCCUGCAGCGGCCCUCCGACCAGGAGUUCCUGGGCGAGCUCUAUGUCGACAGGGACCAUGUCGAGGGAGAGAGGAACGGAGCGGCGUGCCGGUUUACGUUAGGCUCAAGACUACAAGCCAACAAGUACAUCCAGCAGUUCACCGAGAUCUUCACGGAGGAGGGCCGCAAGUCCGUGCGGAUAAAGCACAUAGUGCCCGGGCAGCUGCCGAGGGUGUCCUUCACUGGCGGCAUGAGAGAGAUGGUAAGACAAUUACAACCGAAUUACGUCUGCAGGAUCAAGACUACACGCCAACAAGUACAUCCAGCAGUUCACCGAGAUCUUCACGGAGGAGGGCCGCAAGUCCGUGCGGAUAAAGCACAUAGUGCCCGGGCAGCUGCCGAGGGUGUCCUUCACUGGCGGCAUGAGAGAGAUGGAUCAAGACUACACGCCAACAAGUACAUCCAGCAGUUCACCGAGAUCUUCACGGAGGAGGGCCGCAAGUCCGUGCGGAUAAAGCACAUAGUGCCCGGACAGCUGCCGAGGGUGUCCUUCACUGGCGGAUCAAGACUACACGCCAACAAGUACAUCCAGCAGUUCACCGAGAUCUUCACGGAGGUGGGCCGCAAGUCCGUGCGGAUAAAGCACAUAGUGCCCGGGCAGCUGCCGAGGGUGUCCUUCACUGGCGGAUCAAGACUACACGCCAACAAGUACAUCCAGCAGUUCACCGAGAUCUUCACGGAGGAGGGCCGCAAGUCCGUGCGGAUAAAGCACAUAGUGCCCGGGCAGCUGCCGAGGGUGUCCUUCACUGGCGGAUCAAGACUACACGCCAACAAGUACAUCCAGCAGUUCACCGAGAUCUUCACGGAGGAGGGCCGCAAGUCCGUGCGGAUAAAGCACAUAGUGCCCGGGCAGCUGCCGAGGGUGUCCUUCACUGGCGGAUCAAGACUACACGCCAACAAGUACAUCCAGCAGUUCACCGAGAUCUUCACGGAGGAGGGCCGCAAGUCCGUGCGGAUAAAGCACAUAGUGCCCGGGCAGCUGCCGAGGGUGUCCUUCACUGGCGGAUCAAGACUACACGCCAACAAGUACAUCCAGCAGUUCACCGAGAUCUUCACGGAGGAGGGCCGCAAGUCCGUGCGGAUAAAGCACAUAGUGCCCGGGCAGCUGCCGAGGGUGUCCUUCACUGGCGGCAUGAGAGAGAUGGGCCAGCAAUUAUUGCAGCAGCGCUCGGCGGCGGCCAGCAAUGCGACGGUACACACGCACGCUACUACAGGACCUGUUGUAACGCCGGCGAUAUCGGCGACCCCUAAUACUCAUACAAAUGCGCGGCAACUUCCCAUAUUGCAAGCCCAGCUGCAACAAGUAGCGACCGCGAGCAACGUGGCAGCGGCCGGCAGUGCAGGCACCGUGGGCGUGGGCGGCGUGGGCGUGGGCGCCGUGGGCGUGGGCACCGUGGGCGUGGGCAGCGUGGGUGUGGGCAGCGUGGGCGUGGCGGCGGCCGUGGCCGAUCCCGCGCUGAAGCCGCUGCCGUCGCCCACCACUCCGAGACUGUCGCCGCAGGUGCAAAAUGCGAGUCACGACAUUCAUUCGACGCAGGCGUCGACGAACCAGUUGCUCGCGCAGCAGCUCACCAAUCCACCGCAGCCGCUCAACCCGCAGAAGAUGCAGUCGGCCAUCAUACACAUACAGCACCCGCUCAUGUCCACAACUGGCACCUCGCAGGUGCAGAACAUACAGUACUCGAUCGCGUCGAGCGCGCAACAAAAGCCCACCAUGACCAAGCCGAGGACGACUAACCCGGCCAUCAGCGCGCUCGUCACCAGUCUCAUGAACUCCGCACAACAGUUCCAACAAGCCGCGAAUCAGAAGUCAGCCGUCAGCACGGCCAGUACCAGUGCCAACAAGACGAUACUGAACCUGCUUAACAGCGCGCCGGCCGCCAUGACGCACGUGUCGUCCACCGCCGACAGCGUCGAGCACAAGCUGCUGGGGCGGACCGUGUCCAUCGCCGGGGCGAGACUUAUCACUGCCUCCACGGCGAGCCACACCAUGCCCACCUACACGCAGCAGGUAGGUCUGCAGUCACCACAGGCAGUACCGGCGCCAACAAUCACCACAGGCAGUACCGGCGCCAACAAGACGAUACUGAACCUGCUUAACAGCGCGCCGGCCGCCAUGACGCACGUGUCGUCCACCGCCGACAGCGUCGAGCACAAGCUGCUGGGGCGGACCGUGUCCAUCGCCGGGGCGAGACUUAUCACUGCCUCCACGGCGAGCCACACCAUGCCCACCUACAUGCAGCAGACGAUACUGAACCUGCUUCACAGCGCGCCGGCCGCCAUGACGCACGUGUCGUCCACCGCCGACAGCGUCGAGCACAAGCUGCUGGGGCGGACCGUGUCCAUCGCCGGGGCGAGACUUAUCACUGCCUCCACGGCGAGCCACACCAUGCCCACCUACACGCAGCAGACGAUACUGAACCUGCUUCACAGCGCGCCGGCCGCCAUGACGCACGUGUCGUCCACCGCCGACAGCGUCGAACACAAGCUGCUGGGGCGGACCGUGUCCAUCGCCGGGGCGAGACUUAUCACUGCCUCCACGGCGAGCCACACCAUGCCCACCUACACGCAGCAGCGCGCCGGCCGCCAUGACGCACGUGUCGUCCACCGCCGACAGCGUCGAGCACAAGCUGCUGGGGCGGACCGUGUCCAUCGCCGGGGCGAGACUUAUCACUGCCUCCACGGCGAGCCACACCAUGCCCACCUACACGCAGCAGGUAGGUCUGCAGUCACCACAGGCAGUACCGGCGCCAACAAGACGAUACUGAACCUGCUUCACAGCGCGCCGGCCGCCAUGACGCACGUGUCGUCCACCGCCGACAGCGUCGAACACAAGCUGCUGGGGCGGACCGUGUCCAUCGCCGGGGCGAGACUUAUCACUGCCUCCACGGCGAGCCACACCAUGCCCACCUACACGCAGCAGGUACUGGGAGGCUACACAUGCGAAUCGAACGAAACAACGAACGUCUCGAGCAGCGAGAGCGCGCUCCUGGAGCGGCUCAUGGGACCCGAACCUGCGACAUCCGCGCAGCCGCAGCCGCAGCCGGUGUGCCAUGUGCAGGGUCUAAGCCUAGCGUCGCUGCAAGGUCUGCAAGGCAUCCAGGGCCUGCAGAACGUGCAGGUGCAGAUCCCGGGGCUGUCGGCGCCCAUCUCGCUCUCGCUCAACGUGUCCGGCGCGCCCUCCGGCCUGCUCGUGUCCGUGCCGCCCACCACGUCCGUCGUGCUCAACCAGCCCUCCGUGCUGUCGCUGCCCAUAGCCCAGCUGGUGGGCGGCAGCGUGAAGGGCGGCGUACGCGGCGGCGUGCAGGUGGUGCGCGGGGUCGCGGGGGUCGCGGGGGUCGCGGGGGUCGCGGGGGUCGCGGGGGUCUCGGGGGUCGCGGGGGUCGCGGGGAGCGGCCCGCGGCCGGCCGUGCGGCCCGCGCAGCGCGCCGCGCCGCCGCACCUCCCCACCGUGCGGGCCGGUACCGCUCAGUUCAUCACACAAGCACAAGCGCAGGCGCUGACGGCGCAGCAGGUGCGGAGAAAAUCCAACCCCGACAGCUCCUAG